AUGGUUUGUUAUUUCGGGUUUGCCCAGUACAUGUCGCCGUGGGAUGAGAAGAGUGUCCUGAGAGGUUCCCCGCUCUACAUGGCUCCGGAGAUGGUGUGCCGACGCCAGUACGACUCCAGAGUGGAUCUUUGGUCGGUAGGAGUGAUUCUUUAUGAGGCGCUGUUUGGACGAGCCCCAUUUGCUUCAAAGUCAUACGCUGAACUGGAAGAAAAAAUCCGAAGCAAUCAACCAGUAGAGCUCCCUCCAGGCGCCCGGGUCUCCAAAGACUGCAGAGACCUUCUGUUGAGGCUGCUCGAGCGAAAUCCAGAUGCCCGGAUCACCUUUGAGGAGUUCUUCACUCACCCUUUUCUGGACAUGGAGCACAUGCCAAGUGCUGAGUGCAUAAUAAAAGCAAGGGAGCUGGUGACGCAGGCCGUGCAGAAGGACCAGGAGGGGGAGCGGGCCGCAGCGCUGACUCUCUACUGCCACGCCCUGGAGUACUUUGUCCCUGCAAUUCACUAUGAGACGGAGCGACAGCGUAAAGACGCCAUCAGGCAGAAGGUUAAACAGUACGUGUCGAGAGCCGAGGAGCUGAAGGCUCUGCUCGCUUCGGACAACAAACGGAGCUUCGAGGAAGCUCGGACAUCCAGAGACGUUCUCCGAGAAAUGUCUAAAGACCAACCACGUCUCCUGGCCGCCUUGGACAUGGCCUCUACAGCCAUUGCUAAGGAGGAAUAUGGAUCAGAUGAUCACGAAGCUUUGGACGUGUACCAGCAGUGUUUAGGGGAGCUUCUGUUAGCUUUAGCAGCUGAGCCCCAGGGUCGCAGGAGAGAGCUGCUUCAUGGUGAGAUUAAAAGCCUGAUGACCAGAGCUGAAUACCUCAAGAAGCAUAUCAAGAUGCAGGAGACUGAGAGGGAUGUGUCCCUCGACCGAGAAUCUCUCGCUGAAUCCGUCAGAGGCUCCUGCAGCUUGCAGUGAGCGGCGCAGCAGCUGUAAAACCCAGGAAUGCUCUGCGGACUGUCCGUCAGUUUUCAGCUUGGACACAGAGCCCUCACCACAGCAGGCCUCUGCAGGGGCCAAAGCACACUGCAUCCUAACCCACUGAGUACACUAUCUGGGUGGGAAGUGACAGUUACCAGCCAAAGAUGCUUUGGCUGCUGCUGUAAAGCUCCUCUACUAUAUGAAUUGGCAGGUAAAGGACUCAGUUUGAAGGAUUUUUUUUUCCUACUUUUUAUUUUCUUCU